ACCAAGGUCUUGACCUUAGGCAUGGCAACGGGGUGGGGAUGGGGCGGGUUUUGUAAUCCCCAACCCUGGCCCCUGUUUGUAGUAACAGCCCCCGGCCCUGGUCCCUGGCGGGUAUGGGGAUUAACAUCCCGUUCCCAGAGAUGUUUACAACUUAUUCUUUCAUCAUUCAUCAUUCAUCAUUCAUCAUUCAUCACGUCGUCAUGUUUUACUGAAUCAUAAUGUUUUUUUGUCUCUGUGUGUGUGUGUGUGUGUUUAUAUAUGCCUAGUUGUGAGAUUGUAUGUAUAAGCACAAACAUGUGUAUCUGAUUUGUAGCUAUAGGUCACUGGAUCAGAAUCAGAAUAUAUUAGGUAACUUCUUGCUUAUCAUGUGGAAAUGGUGUUCACAUAAUAUCGUAUUUUGAAGCACCUUUUCUUCUACCAACUGGCUACAAGCAUAUAUUCUUAAGAUAUCCACCGCAGCCUCAGUGACAAUUUAGGUUUUAGGGUUUACAUUUUCCAUUUUCUUGGUUUUGAUUGGUUAAAGUUCUAUCUUGAAACCAAUAAAGUUGCCAAAUUUAUUAUUCCCUUCCUCAGAUGUUCCUUUUCCUCAUCAGAUUCUAGUUYAACAGGUGGUUUUAGGCAGUGUCCAACUGGUGUAGACAUAGCUGAUCAUCUGUCRUUACCCAUUUUCGUAAUUUACCUCUACCCGUAAUUCGUUAUAAAUAGACACAAAUAUCCCUUUGAUUUCAUCCAUCAUUCGCAUCACUGAGUGCUUUCUUGAUUUGCUUCAAUUAGUGCAAUAACUUAUAGCUGAAGACAAAAAUGAGUUACAACUCUAAUCUUGGUUCAGGUAGUAGAAAUGCGAGAAGAAAUGUGUUGGAAUUUGGAAGGACUUUUGUGGUGAUGUCCAAAGGAACUCAUCAUGCAACUAUUGUUUUGUUACAUGGCAUCAGUGAGAAGGGCUCAAGUUGGACUCAAAUCUUGGAAACUAUGCCUCUUCCAAAUGUCAAAUGGAUCUGCCCAAGUGCGCCAACUCGUCAAGUAACUCUAUUUGGUGGAUAUCCUUGUACUGCUUGGUUUAAUGUCGAAAGCAUGUCGGAAGACGCUUGUGAUGAUUUAGAGGGCUUGGAUGCUUCAGCAACACAUGUUGCAAAUCUCUUGUCUAAUGAGCCAGAUGAUGUUAAACUAGGCAUUGCUGGGUUCAGUAUAGGUGCAGCUGUGGCCCUCUACUCUGCAACAUGUCGUGCUGUUGGGCAAUAUGGGAAUGGCAAUCGAUACCCCAUCAACCUCAGUGCGACUGUGGCUCUUAGUGGUUGGCUCCCAACUUCCAGGAAUCUAAGGAACAGAGUCGGAGCAUCGCAAGAAGCUGCAAGGCGCACAGCAUCCUUACCUACCUUACUCUGCCAUGGUCAAGUCGAUGACGUUGUUGACUGCAAAAUCGGGGAGAAAUCUGCACAAACCAUGUAUUCGGCUGGAUUUCAAAACUUAACAUUUCGAACAUACAACAGGCUUGGUCAUUACACAAUCAUAGAAGAAAUUAAUGAUGUUUGUAGUUGGCUCAUUGCAUGUCUAGGGGCUUGAUGCAUGCACGGAUUCACAUUUCUUUCCAUUUUGGAUCAUGUAGUUAAUACUAUAUAUAUAGCAUAAGAACAUGUUUGAUGUAUAUUUUUUAUUUAAGGUAUCCUUGUUAGUGUUUUUAUUUGCCUCAUAAAUUGGAAUGCUGGCACAGAGUUAGCCGAUGCUUAUUCCCCAUAUACUGUUAUUGCUUUUUCUCCGGGAAAAGAAGUUCACGACCCGUGGGCCUUCUAGUCUUUAUGUAUUAAAUU